ACACUGUGCUAGAAAUGAACUAUACUGAGCAAAAACUUACAGCAGCUGUUGUAUCUGAAGGAUUGCGACCUGUACUUGCUAGUAGUAAAUUGGGUGCAUCAGCAAGUGUGUUGUCUUUAAUUGAGAGAUGCUGGGAUGCAGAUCCUGAAAGUAGGCCUUCUUUUGAUGAUAUAGUUGUGGAACUGGAUGCAAUUCUUGAAAACAGCAAUAAUAGAGAGGAAAUGGCCGUAAUUCAACCUUCUGUAACCCCAGAGCAUUCAAAUGUUACAAAUUCUAGAAGUUUUCAUGAGAGCAUAAACUGGUUCACGCAAGGAAAAUAUUCUUCAAAAGAAGCAUCUAUUAUGCCAGAGUCCUUUUUCAGAGUCUCGGUUGAUUCAUCUGCUGAUUCUUUUGCUUAUUCUCCAGUAGUAUCUUGGGGUUCCUUUGCAACGUGUGGAAGAAGGGAAACUAUGGAGGAUAGGCACUUUCUUAUGCCUCAUUUGUGUGAUGAAAAGGAUAUUCAUGCCUUUGGAAUUUUUGACGGCCAUCGUGGUGCAGCAGCUGCAGAGUUUUCAGCUGGAGCACUACCUGGAUUUCUGCAAACUUUAGCUUCCAUGAGCAGCCCAUCUGAUGCCCUUUACGAAGCAUUCGUCAAGACAGACUCUGCAUUCAGGGAAGAACUAGAUUCUCGUCGCAAAUCCAAGGGAGUUAUUAAGAAAGACUGGCAUCCUGGUUGUACUGCAGUCACUGCUCUUAUUGUAAAAAACAGGCUUUUUGUUGCUAAUGCUGGUGACUGCAGAACCAUGUUGUGCCGCUCUGGUCAUCCAUAUUCUUUAAGCAGGGAUCAUGUUGCAAGUUGCUCUGAAGAGAGAGAACGUGUCAUUAGUGCUGGUGGCCAAGUCAAAUGGCAAAUUGAUACAUGGAGGGUUGGUCAAGCUGCUCUCCAGGUUACACGGUCUAUUGGAGAUGAUGAUCUGAAGCCUGCUGUAACAGCUGAACCUGAGAUAACUGAAACCAUACUCUCUGCAGCAGAUGAAUACAUUGUAAUGGCCAGUGAUGGGCUUUGGGAUGUUAUGAACGAAGCAGAUGUAAUAAGCAUAAUCAAGGAUACUGUUAAAGAACCUGGAAUGUGCUCAAAAAGAUUGGCUACUGAAGCUGCUGAACGAGGCAGCAAAGAUAACAUAACAGUCAUCAUUAUUUUCCUCCGCCCAGUCUCCACAGCAGAGAGAAUUUACUAGCUUUUAAAGAGUUCUGCACGGUGCAAAUUACAAAAAUUUACAUGUUUUACCCUGUAUUUUACAGCUUCUUGUGUUGUAGCUACCAUUAUUUAUUCUUUGAAUUUGCGUUUACAAUGCAGCACGAAGGAUCAUACUCUCAAAUCAUGUUCUUCCGUGUUAUUAAACAUACUGUUGCUAUUUUGUCUGCUGUCAUAGUUUUUUACAUUC